CUUCACAGGGAUUAGAGAUGACCUCACCCUUUUAUUGGACGAAAACAUGACAGCUGUUAAUAUUUGUGCAUUACACUGUGAACUACGAAAUAUGGAACAGCUUCUUGCUUCCCUUGGUUUAUUCUGUCACAAGAUUGGUUCAUUAGCUGAGURCAAUGCUGCCCUUAAAGAAUAUGGUCCUCAAACCAUGAAAAAAGACAGGAUUCGUAUCAGUACAAAACCAGGACAGGAAACAAUGGUUGAGAAGCACAAUGUCAAAGUUGCAUCAUUUUCAGGGCCUACCGAGAGAAAAUUUCUUCAAAAUUCGACUGUCAUUGUUGAAAGAUCAUUGCCCCUGCCAAAGCUGAAAGAACAUUUCAGAGAUGUUGAAGCUGCCAAGUUGUUUGUACUGAACAAGAUAACAUUCUAUCAAGAGCGUGUCUUGUAUUUUCAAGCUUUGAAAGACAAUGAAAAGUUUGUACGGGACUUUGGCACUCAUCAAGAGGAGAUCAAUAUCAAAGAUCAAGCUGUUGGCAAGAGAAUUGAUGAGCUGCUAAAGUCAUGGAAAGAGAAGGUUGAUGAUGUGUCCAACAAAUUCACUGAGGCAUUGAAGCACAACACAAGUUCUAGAAAGAAGCCCAAGAAAAAGAAAAGAUUGCAGGCUUAUGAAGAAAAUGAUGUUUUAGGAACUCUUGCUGCUGAUCUUGCUCUUGAAUGUUAUAUAAAGGUCUUUUCUGGUUGGAAUGAUAUUGCCUUAGUAAUGAGAAAGAAAUUGUUCAAGAAAGAUGAGGAGCAUUUAAUUGAUUUAUUCGACAUUCAGUGUAAAGAAUGGGGCUUUCUCCUACGGGAGGUCUUUGGUUUGAAGCUUGGGACAGGAGAUUAUGGGCACAUGGCCAUUGAGCAUGCCUCAAUGCUCCUGAGAAACCAUCGAUCUAUUGGUGCCAUGUCAACUCAGGGCUUUGAAUCAAGCCACAAAGUACACAGGCAACUCUAUUUGAGAGCAACAUCCCAUGAUGUUUCAGAAGGCAUAUCAUCAAGUAAGGGGACAAAUAAAAAACUAAGAGCAGCCAUCAAAGAUAUAAUAAAA